UUAAGAGCCAUGGAGGGUUUCAAUGCUGUAGGGAUGCUGAACCCAGCCAAUUUGUGCUUGGUGAAGAAUUUGAAUGUUCCACAUGACUUUGUACUACCAAAAUUCAGUUUGUUUGAUGGCACUGGAGUCCCUUUGGAUCAUUUAACGAUGUAUUGUCGGCGCAUGCAGCCAUAUGCAAGCGAUGAGAAAGUGUUGAUGCAUUAUUUCCAAGAUAGUCUGACUGGGGCAGCUCAAAGAUGGUUCAAUACCCUUAAUCCUUCGUCAGUAGCUUCGUGGGAGGAUUUGGCUGAAAUGUUUAUGAAGCAGUAUAAGCAUAACGAAGAAAAGAUCCCUACCAUUUACGAUCUGCAGAACACAGCAAUGAAAAGUGGGGAAAGCUUUAGGGAAUUUGCCCAUCGAUGGAGGGAUUUAGCAGCCCAGAUAAUUCCACCCCUUUCAGAAAAGGAUUUGUUGAACGCUUUCAUUGAUGCUCUCCAUGAGCCUUAUACUUCCAAUCUGGCGGGAGGCGGUCAUAGUAACUUAGCUGAUAUGAUACAAGCAGGGGAGCGAGUUGAACGAUGUAUGAAGAGAGGUACUCUGUAUUAUCCCACCCUUGAUAAAUCAGACCCAGCUAAAGCAAGUAAAGGCAAGAAGGCUGAACAGGAGUUCUUGAAAAUUAUUCGGCAGAGUGAGUACAUGAUAGUGGAUCAAUUGAAGAAAACCCCUGCAAAGAUUUCGAUCUUGGAGUUGAUAAUGAGUUCUGAACCGCAUCGACAAGUCUUGAUGAGAAUGUUAAAUCAGGCGUAUGUAUCAGACAAGAUUCCUACAGACUCUUUUAAUGGCAUUGUGGGAAAUGUGUUGGCCUCUCAUUUGUUGUCCUUUACUGAGGAUGAUAUUCCGCCUGAAGGGAUGGGGCACAACAAAGCUUUGCAUAUUUCAGCCAUGUGUCGUGGAAAGGAAUUAGCAAGUAUUUUGGUGGAUAAUGGGUCAUCGCUCAAUAUUUUACCAAAGGAGACUUUUGAAAAGUUGCCGAUUGACAGAUCUUAUUUAAGACCAGUGCCGAUGGUAGUAAGGGCAUUCGAUGGAACACGUAGAGAGAUUAUGGGAGAAAUUGAAAUACCUUUACAGGUUGCAAGCGUAACUUUCAAUGUACCAUUUGUGGUAAUGGAUAUCUCACCGACCUACAGUUGCCUGUUGGGACGACCUUGGAUUCACACUGCAGGAGCCGUUCCCUCAUCAUUGCAUCAGAUGCUCAAGUUUAUUCAUGAUGGAAGGGUUUAUAUAGUAAAAGGCCAGUCAGAAUGGAUGGUUGCUAGUUUGGAAAUUGAGAUUUUACCUGAAAUGUUAAGACAAGUCAAUCAAGAGGAGAAAAUAAUACAGCCACAUCAAGAGGUAACAGAAGUUGUUAAUUUGGGAACUGAAAUGGAGAAAAAGGAGGUUAAGGUAGGAGCUGCCUUCGAAGGAGAAAACAAGAAGAAAUUGAUAGAUUUGUUGCAUAAUUACCAGGAUGUCUUUGCAUGGUCUUAUCAGGAUAUGCCCGGUCUUGAUACAAGUAUUGUUGUUCACAAGUUGCCAUUGAUUCUAGAAUGUACCCUAGUGAAACAAAAGCUAAGGAGAUUGAAAGCAGAUAUGCUUUUGAAGAUAAGAGAUGAAGUGAAGAAGCAGUUCGAUGCUGGUUUUUUAGCAGUGGCUAGAUACCCUGAAUGGGUGGCAAAUAUUGUACCUGUUCCCAAGAAGGAUGGAAAAGUGCGGAUGUGUGUCGAUUAUAGAGAUCUCAAUCGUGCAAGACCGAAGGAUAAUUUUCCGCUUCCCCAUAUCGAUGUUUUAGUGGAUAAUACAGCUAGACAUUCAAAUUUCUCUUUCAUGGAUGGAUUUUCGGGUUACAAUCAGAUCAAGAUGGCACCAGAGGAUCGUGAGAAAACGACUUUUAUUACCCUCUGGGGAACCUUUUGCUAUAAAGUCAUGUCGUUUGGUUUGAAGAAUGCCGGUGCUACUUAUCAACGAGCCAUGGUCACUUUGUUUCAUGACAUGAUGCAUAGAGAAGUUGAAGUAUAUGUCGAUGAUAUGAUAGCAAAAUCCAAAGAAGGUGAAGAUCAUAUUGUGAAUCUCCAGAAGUUGUUUGAUCGAUUAAGGAAGCAUCAAUUGAAGUUGAAUCCAGCUAAGUGCACAUUUGGGGCGACCUCGGGGAAGUUAUUAGGUUUUAUUGUAAGCAGGAAAGGAAUUGAGGUAGAUCCUGAUAAAGUGAAGGCGAUCUUGGAGAUGCCACCCCCUCGGACAGAAAAGGAAGUUAGGGGUUUCUUGGGAAGGUUAAAUUACAUUGCCAGAUUCAUUUCACAGUUGACAGCUACUUGUGAACCUAUCUUUAAAUUGUUGCGUAAGAGUAAUUCUACUGAGUGGAACGAAGAUUGUCAGAUUGCAUUCGAAAAGAUCAAGCAAUACUUGAAAAGUCCUCCAGUGUUGAUGCCUCCUGUAGCGGGCAGGCCGCUUAUUCUCUAUUUGACUGUCUCGGAUAGUUCGAUGGGAUGUGUGCUUGGACAGCAUGAUUCAUCUGGAAGGAUAGAGCAUGUCAUUUAUUACUUAAGCAAGAAGUUUACUAGUUGUGAAGCAAAUUAUUCGAUGUUGGAGAAAACUUGUUGCUCUUUGGUUUGGGCUGCACAUCGGCUUAGACAAUACAUGCUUUAUCAUACAACGUGGUUGAUUUCCAAGAUGGAUCCUAUCAAAUACAUUUUUGAGAAACCUUCUCUUUCAGGGAGGAUAGCUAAAUGGCAGAUGUUGUUAUCAGAAUAUGAUAUUUUGUAUGUUACACAGAAGGCAAUCAAAGGGAGUGCGAUAGCAGAUUAUUUGGCAGAUGGAGCAAUUGAUGAUGCUCAGUCUAUGGAUUUGAAGUUUCCAGAUAUUGAUGUCAUGACUGUGUCGAUAGAAGAAGGGAAUCAGAAGGAUUUGGCAAAGUGGACUAUGUUGUUCGAUGGGGCUUCUAAUAUCAUGGGAUGUGGAAUUGGUGCAGUGUUAAUAUCACCCGAUGAGAAUAUUAUCCCGUUUACAGCUAAGUUGUAUUUCGAAUGUACUAACAAUGUGGCUGAGUAUGAAGCAUGUACGAUGGGAAUUCAAGUUGCUAUCGAUAUGGGGAUUAGGAGGCUACAGGUCUAUGGUGAUUCACAGUUGGUUAUUAGGCAAUUGAAUGAUGAGUGGGAAACUAAAGAUGACAAGCUCAUUCCAUAUUACCAACAUAUCAAAAAGUUAUUUAAGUUUUUUGAUUGGAUUGAGUUUGAUCAUAUCCCAAGAGAGGAGAAUCAAAUAGCGGAUGCUUUGGCGACUUUGACGGCAAUAUGGAUUCUGCCUGCGUUUGAUAUGAUCUUCUUGCUGGUUGCCGAUUGCGUUUGGCUGCUGUUUGGUUUGUAUGGUUGCUGGUUGCUGGCUGCGUUUGUAUGGUUGCUGGUUGCUGGUGGGUUGCGUUUGAUAGUUGAUAGUUGCUGGUUGCAUUUGAUAUGUUGA